AUGGUACUAAAUUAUUACGAUAUUUUUAUAUUGAUAAAUUUGUAGACAAAUUAUUUUAGACUUUUAAAAAUUUACCAUGAUGUGCAAAUGCAAAAUUAAUAUACAUUGGACGGGAUUAUUUAAGAUGUUUACCAUUAUUCCAAUUAUAUAUUACUAAUUACAAAAUCACAGAGUCUAUUUUUGUUUGAUUUAAACGCUGAACUAUAAAUAUAAUUACCAUUGAUAUUAAAUAAUCUCUUUUUAAAUAUUUACUUAUCAAAUAUCAAUCAUAAGGAUAAGGCUUAAAGAUUUUGCAUCUAUAUCAAUAAAAAUUUGUAUUUUAUUUAGUACUAUGAAAAUUGCAUUAUUUUAGACAAUAAUUCGCUUUAUUAUUUCAAAGUAAAAUAAUUGUAAAUUAUAUAAAUCAGAAAAAUGAAUCAUUAAAAAGAUAGUUAUCAUAUAGUUGCUGUAGAUCUGACCUAGAAUGCUCUCUAAUAGUAUUAUUUUGAUUUAAUAGAAUUAACCCUAUUGGAUAAAUAUGAUUUUUAAAAUUUCAAAUUGAUAAACCCACUCGCUUACUAGGAAGCCUAUGAAUUUAUUACAAUUACUUCCAGUAUGAAUAAUAACACCUAUUUGCAUAUUUUUUAAACUUUAGGAACUUAUCCAUUCAAAUUGAAAUAAACUAUUUAAACUGGUUCACAUCAUACAUUUGUGUCCUUCCAAAAAUUAUACUACUUUGAUAAGAAAAAUCAAAUAUAGGUAUUAGAUAUAAAAUAUCUAUUACUCAAAUUUAAACCUCUACUUACCAAAUGGGACAAUCUUAACUUAGAACAAACCUUAAUUUUUUAUAUCACUCCCGAAUCUAAUAAUGAUACUAAUAUUCAAAUUUCUUUGAACCUUUCUAUUUUUGUUAAUUGCACAAUAUUGAUUCCACUUAUUCGCGAACUCCCCAUUAUUCUGGAAGAGGAUAAUCAAAUAAUGCUAAAUUUAAGUGAUCUUUAUGAAGGACCUAUUUAUAACCUAAAAAUAUAAGACAAUUCAAAUGUACUUUUGGAAGGACCAUUUUUAUAGUCUCCUUGGUAAGAUGAACUAUCGAAAUUCACAUACACUAUUAAGUAAUUAAGUAUUAAGGUUAGUUUAACUACGAUAUAAUUAUACUCUACCAAUAGGUAGAUCUUAUAAAUGUAAGUUUAUGAUGAAUUCAAUAAGUUUAAUGAAAUAUGUGGGUUAAUUUAAUUGGCCUUUUAUAUCAGCAACAAUUAAAUCUUGUUAAUUUACUUUCAUGAAACUAAAACAAUAGCUUCAAUUUUUAGAAUAAAUUAAGAUAAUUUAACAUUAAUAUAGGUCUCAGAUGAAUUUACUAUUAAAAAACUUUAUGAGGCAAAAGAAGUUAAAUAAAUUAAAAAUCUAUUUUUAGAUAGAUAAAAUAUAUUAUUUUAUGUUCAUAAUGAUACUAUCUUAGACUUAUAAAAUAACAAUCUUAUAGGCAAUUUAAUAUUCAUUUAAAAUUCUGAUGAGUUGUAUUUAUAAUUGACAAAAUCAGUUUAUCCUUUUCUUAGAAUUCAAAUAUUUAUAAUCGAAUAGAUGGAAUUAAAAAUUUUUAAUGAGUUAGCAUUUAAUUUGGACAAAAUACAAAAAAAUUUUACUAAAUAUAUAAAGUAGAAUAAUAAUUUUUAUUCUUAUAAAUAAAUUUAUCCCAUAAACGCAACAAUCAAUAAGUAAACUCUUGAUAUCUAAUGCCUUAUGAUACUUUAAGAUUUCUGUAUUCUUCAAUUUAUUCAGGUUCAUUUAGUUAGUGGCGAUUUUAAUUUGAAGUUUUAUAAACUAUUAAGAAUCUCUUAUGACUUUGACUCUACAUUACAUUACAUCGAUGAAAACUUUAUAAUUAUAAAGUAGAAGAAUAGUUGUUUUGUUUAUGACUUUAGAGUUUAAAAAUAAAUUUAUGAUUACACAUUUAUCUUUGAAUGCAACCAGAACACAAUAUGGUAAUAUAAUACUACGCAUUAUUUUAUUUAUUCUUAGAUGAAUAAGAACUUGACACUUGGGCAAAUAGCUUAUAGAAUAAGCAUUUUGGAUGAUAAAAAAUAAAGUGAGACUUGCACUUUAAUAGCAGAGAACAAAAUAUCUAAAGCAGAAAUAACCUUAAAGAUUAAUAAGAUUUCAAAUAAAAUUUCAAUAGAAAAAUUCCCUUAUUUUGGAUUAGUUUUUUUCAUUUUAACAGUAAUAAUUUUGGUUAUCUAUUCUAUUCGGAGAUGUGUAUUAAAAUAAUAAUUAACAUAACACAGGAGAGUAUACUUAUUUUUUGGUUAAUGA